AAAAAUUCUUAAUGAGAUAUUUUGCCUUCUUUUGUGCCUACUAUGUCUCCAAAAUCCAAUGUGUUUUACAUUUAUAGCAGAGCCCAAUUCAGGUCAGCCCCAUUUCAAGGACUCAAAGACCACUUGUAGCCAGUGGUGACCAUACUGGACAGUGCAGGUGGGAGGGAGUUGGGAACUGGCCAGAAAGUGCAGCUGUGAAACUGGAAAUUCCUGGAAGGAAAAAGCCAGAUUUUCCAUAUGGGGUGGGGCAGGGGGUGGCAAUCAGGCCACUUGAGUUUUUCCUGCUCUGUAGACAUUUCAGUGGAAUGGGAGCAAAGCUGGAGUUGGUUCAGUCAAUAAUUUAUAUAUAGAUUGACUGCUCUAUGGCCGGAGCUGAUCAGGUGAUAGCGGUAAAGCAGUGCACCAGUUAGACAAACUACGGCAUCUUGAAGCUCACCAUGGAGAGGGGAGAGACAGAAAAUAAACAACUUCUAAAAUAAAGAAAAAUAACGGUAAUGGAGAGAAGAGUGGCAAGGAAACUUUGGGUUCUCUAAGGACCUGGAGAGGGAGAACUGUAGGGGGAGUGCGCUGGGGAUAAGGUAUGAUGACCACCACCCAUGUCAUGGUCAGAGAUAUGACCCAGACAAGGUGAAUCAGAAAAAAGCAAUUAGAAGUGGUCAGCUUUGACAUUUAUUACGUUAAACCUAAUGAAAAUGCCAUUUAGUGUAUCAAAAAUGAUUGAAAAAUCAGUAAUUUCAUAUGACUCAACGUAAUAUUUAGGGCAAAGAAUGGAUUGGGGAUUCUUAACUUGGGGCUCAAGGACGGGCUUGAAUUGGGCUCUAUUUCUAGAGAAGGGAUCUAUGGCCUCCAAGAGCUCCGCCAAAGGGCAUGUGAUCCCUCAAGUCUCGCAAAGCCUCAAAACUUGACCUGGCGCCCAGAGAGCCUGAGUUUUUAACCUCACACAGUCCAGGGGGAGGAGGGGCUGAGCCGCUGUCCCGGGGAUCCCGCCGCUCUGUCUCGCUCCCGGGCCGAGCCGUGUUGAUUGUCCCCUCGCGGGGCCCGGAAGCGACCCUCAGUAAACAAAGCCGUGUGUGGGCUCAGCCCCAGCUGCCCGGGGAGCGCUGUCCAGCCCCGGGGGGGCGGGGAAAGAAUGUUGUGAAUGAACCCAGGACCCGCCCCGAAACUCCGCUUCAGGCCGGCCCUGCAGGGGGUCCUCCCACUGUGAUUGGUCUUCGGUGCCCGGUGAUUGACAGCGCCGCUCGCUGAGCGCUCUGAAUGGGUUGUUCCGAAAAGACAGGCAGCUCAUGAAACGAAUGAUGAGCGAGGAGUUGGAGACGGGUAUGGAGGUGCAGCCAAUGGUGGAUGAGAGCCUCGGAGGCCGAAGGGAGUGCCAAUGGGGACUGGCGACGGAGGCGGGACGAUGGCGGAGCAUAAAGCGGCGGCCGAGGCAGCUUCAUUGUUGUGAAGAGUCUUAAAGGGGCCGCAGCACCCCGCCGGCCCGGUGCGGGGGCGGGGGUGGGUGCGGCGGGAGUCCGGGGUCAGCAGAGCGCGGACGAAGGACAAGAAGAGAGGCAGGGGUCGCGGGAGCGGGCGAAGAGGAGCAAGCAUCAGACCGACCCCCUCGAACAGGCCCCGCCCCGGCCCGGCCCGGCCGGAUGGACCCCCCAGCGGCCAAGCGGAGCCGGGGCUGCCCCGCAGGACCGGAGGAGCGCAACGCCGGGGUCGCGACCGUGCGCGGCCGGGGCCGACCCGAGGCGCUGCUGGACCUCAGCGCCAAGCGAGUAGCCGAGAGUUGGGCCUUCGAGCAGGUCGAGGAGCGGUUCUCCCGGGUGCCGGAGCCAGUCCAGAAGCGCAUCGUGUUCUGGUCAUUUCCACGCAGUGAACGGGAGAUAUGUAUGUACUCAUCACUAGGCUACCAGCCCCCAGAAGGCGAGCACGAUGCACGGGUGCCUUUCACCCGUGGGCUACACCUACUGCAGAGCGGGGCGGUAGAUCGGGUGCUGCAAGUGGGGUUCCACCUGAGCGGAAACAUCCGGGAGCUGGGGGGCCCUGGAGAACCUGAGCGCCUGUACCACGUCUCCAUCAGCUUUGACCGCUGUAAGAUCACAUCUGUGAGCUGCGGCUGCGACAACCGCGACCUCUUCUACUGUGCCCAUGUGGUGGCCCUGUCGCUGUACCGCAUUCGGCAUGCCCGCCAGGUAGAGCUGCGACUGCCCAUCUCCGAGACGCUCUCCCAGAUGAACCGGGACCAGCUACAGAAAUUUGUACAGUACCUUAUCAGCGCCCACCACACUGAGGUGCUGCCCACUGCCCAGCGCUUGGCAGACGAGAUCCUUCUCCUGGGCUCCGAGAUCAACCUGGUGCAUGGUGCCCCAGACCCCACAGCGGGUGCGGGCAUCGAGGACGCCAACUGCUGGCACCUGGACGAGGAGCAGAUCCAGGAGCAGGUGAAGCAGCUACUGUCCAACGACGGCUACUAUGGCGCCAGCCAGCAACUGCGUUCCAUGUUCUGCAAGGUGCGGGAGAUGCUGCGGAUGCGGGAUUCCAACGGGGCACGCAUGCUGAUCCUCAUGACUGAGCAGUUCCUGCAGGACCCGCGCCUGGCCCUGUGGCGACAACAGGGUGCUGGCAUGACAGACAAGUGCCGCCAGCUGUGGGACGAGCUGGGGGCCUUGUGGGUGUGCGUCGUCCUGAGUCCCCACUGCAAACCAGAGGAGCGGACGAGCUGGCUCCAGCUGCUUGGCAAGUGGGACAAGCUGGAUGUGUGCCCGCUGGAAGAAGGCAACUACUCUUUCGAUGGGCCCAGCCUGCAGCCCACAUCGGCCCUCAGCCCAGGCCCAGAGGAGGAAGAGGAGGUGGUGGCUACAGGUUCCCGCCACACUGUGUUUGGCCGCGCCCUGCAGGCUGGGUCCCUGCACUGGAGUGACGCCCACCUGCAGAGGAUCCUGGCCGGUGACUCCUACAGCCCCAGCCUCACAGGCAACAUGGGCAGCGACAAGCCAGCCUUCGACCCCCAGGGCCGCCCACUCUGGCUGGGUGAGCCCUUCCCCACCGCCUGUGCUCGUGUGGACACCCUGAGGGCCCACGGAUACCCCCGCCAGGCCCUGCGGUUGGCAGGCGCCAUAGUGAACACACUCCGGUUACAGCGGCGACAUCAGCUUGAGAGCUACAAGCAGCAGAAAAAAGAGCUACUGCAGAAAGGCUCCACCUGCAUCACCAACAUGGAAGGAUGGGUAGGCCACCCCCUGGACCCUAUUGGCUGCCUCUGCAGGGCACUUCUGGAGGCCUCUCGCCUAGAGGAGGAGACCCUCGCCCUUUACCCAGACUCAGGCCCUGAGAAGCGAAAGGUGGCCUACCAGCACGUCCCGGUGCCCGGGAGCCCUGGGGAGUCCUACUUGGCGAUGGCGCUAGAGGUGGCACUGCUGGGCUUGGGACAGCAGCGGGCCCUGCCCGAGGGGCUGUACGCCCAGGACAAAGUGGUGCGCAACGAAGAGCAGCUGCUCGCCCUCCUGGAGGAGGUAGAACUAGAUGAGCGGCUGGUGCAGGUGCUGCGCAAGCAAGCAGGACAGCUGCUGGAAGGGGGCCCCUUCAGCGGCUUUGGAGAAGUGCUUUUCCGGGAGAGCGUGCCCAUGCACACCUGUGCCCGCUACUUGUUCACUGCACUGCUGCCCCACGAUCCUGACCUGGCCUACCGACUCUCGCUGCGAGCCAUGAGGCUGCCUGUACUGGAGACAGCGUUUCCAGCUGGAGAAACUCACGGCAACCCACUGGACUCCAUCAUGAGCAACCGCUUCCCCCGCUGGUUCAUCCUUGGCCACCUGGAGACCCGCCAGUGUGAGCUGGCCUCCACCAUGCUGACAGCUGCCAAGGGAGACCCCAAGUGGCUGCACGCAGUAUUGGGCUCCAUCCAGCAGAACAUCCACUCUCCAGCCCUGCUCUUCAAGCUGGCACAGGACGCCUGCAAGACAGCCACCCCAGCCAGUGCGCCCCCUGACACCACAUUGCUGGGCAUUGCUCUGGAGCUGGGCCUGCAGGUGAUGCGGAUGACCCUGAACACCAUGACCUGGCGUCGGAGGGAGAUGGUGCGCUGGCUGGUCAGCUGUGCCACCGAAAUCGGCCCACAAGCCCUGAUGAACAUCAUGCAAAACUGGUACUCUUUAUUCACACCUGUGGAGGCGGCCACCAUCGUGGCCGUGACGGGCACCACUCAUGCCACGCUGCUGAGGCUGCAGCUGGAUGCAUCCCGGCGAGAGGAGCUCUGGGCCUGCGCCCGCACCCUGGCCUUGCAGUGCGCCAUGAAAGACCCGCAGAACUGCGCCUUGCCCGCCCUCACCCUGUGCGAGAAGAACCACGCAGCCUUUGAGGCAGCCUACCAGAUUGUGCUGGAUGCCGCAGCCGGCGGCCUGGGCCACGCUCACCUCUUCACUGUGGCCCGCUACAUGGAGCACCGUGGGCUGCCGCUGCGGGCCUACAAGCUGGCGACACUGGCCCUGGCACAGCUCAGCAUCGCCUUCAACCAGGACAGCCACCCUGCCGUCAAUGAUGUGCUCUGGGCCUGCUCACUCAGCCACUCGCUGGGCCGGCACGAGCUCUCUGCCAUCGUCCCUCUCAUCAUCCGGAGCAUCCACUGCGCCCCCAUGCUCUCCGACAUCCUGCGCCGCUGGACCCUCUCAGCGCCCAGCUUGGGUCCCCUUGGGGCCCGCCGGGCUGCCAAGCCACUGGGCGCCGACCGGGCACCGCUCUGCCAGCUGCUGGAUGCAGCAGUGGCCGCCUACAUCACCACCAGCCACUCCCGCCUGACGCACAUCAGCCCGCGGCAUUAUGGCGACUUUAUUGAGUUCCUAGGCAAGGCCCGUGAGACCUUCUUGCUGGCACCCGAUGGACACCUCCAGUUCGCCCAGUUCUUGGAGAACCUCAAACAGACCUACAAGGGAAAGAAGAAGCUCAUGCUCCUGGUGAGGGAGCGUUUCGGCUGAGGGACAGCAGGCAGGUGCGGGGGGGGCUCCCCCUUCACCCCUGCCUCUGUGGCACCUGCUGUCCAUCAGGGGCCUUGACACUGGAGGCCUUUGUGGCAUUUCAGUAUUAAGUCAGGGAAGGAGCCCACCUGGAGCUGGGUGGUCUUGCCUGCCAUCCCCCCACACCUGGAAGGAGGUGGGAGGCAGGGGGUGGCAUCCUGCCAUAUGCGUGCCUGGGAGCGUGCGAGUGAGUGUGCGAGACGUGAGGAUCGGAAGCCAUACCACCACCCAGAGGCCUGGAACGGGGUGUGUGCUUGUGCAGCUGGUAUGACCCCCCCCAACCUUGGGCACCCCAGAAGCAAUAGGCAAAAGCUCUCCCUUCGCAAACCCACUUGGGCUGGGGUGGAGGGGCUGGGAGGCAGGACUUUCCAGAAACUGGCUCUCAAAGUCAGUGUAGCAGACCCUACCUGCACCCAACUCCGGGUGGCCGAAAGGCUUGUGUUAGGGCAUCUAAACUCCCCUGUACCCUUCCUUCACAGCUUCAGGGGCCCCACCCAUAGCCCUGCGCCAUCUCCCCCCAGGCGGCCCAGCUGGGACCAAUGGCUCACCCCCACUGAAGGAUUUGAAGAGGCUUCAGGCCUCGUCCACAUACCUCACCCCCAACCCGUCAGGACUCCCAUUCCCUUGGGUGCCGGGGUCCCAAGGCAGGCUGGGGGAUCGUUACUGCCCCUUCCUCCCACACCUGCUAGUCACUGGACAUACAACUCAGGAACUGAGCCAGGCUCACACUGUCCUCCAAACCCAGUGUGUCGGGGGAGACAAGCACAGGCAAGCCAAGGACCCCUGCCCCCGAUCUAGAAAGAGGCCAACAUCUUAGCAUUUUCUGGCUCUCUGUCUCUCCCUUUCUCCUCCUCUGCCUCCCUGCUCUGCCCUUCAUCUUAUUCUCCCUUCUCUUAUUUCUCUCCAGCUAGCCUUUUUGUUUGCAUCCCAAGUCGCAGCUGGUUGUCUCUUUGGCCUCCCUUCCCCCACCUUGGUUCAGGGAGGAAAGGGUCCCACCCCAAUGACCCUCCUCUGUCUUUUCUCCUCUUAUAAUUAAGGACAAAGAUCAUCAUAUUUUGUAACUGUUUUUCUAUUUAUUGAACCAUAUAUUGUA